CGCACACAUAACCUAACUUACAGAAGAAGAAGAUUAACCUAAUACUGACAUUCUUGAAAAAUAUUUUAAAAUGAUUAAUUUAAGGAGUUGUACAAGAUUGGCGAAUAGGAUUGUGCAGGAAACGAGAAAUGCCAGUACGAAGGUACAAAAUAGCGAAAUAUCGCCGAUUUUUACCAACAGAAAUCCAAGAAAUUUGGAAAAAUUAAGAAUUGCCUAUAAACCCGAUGGUUAUCAUGUUGAUGCUCCUGGAAAAUGUUAUUGGCAUAAGUUACAUUUAACAAAAAGUGAGAGAUACGUUUCGGCUUAUAUUGAACAUUUUGAAAAUGGGGCUGUUGUUAAAGCCAGUACCUCAGAAUGGGCUCUAAAGAAAUUUUUAUAUAGGUAUAAUGAUACUUCUGCUUAUAUUAAUCUAGGAAGGGUUCUUGCACAAAGAUGUUUGGAAUCUGGGCUGGCAGAAAUUAGAUGUGAUAUUAAGCCGAGAAACAGUGAUGGUAAAGUAGCUUUAUUUUUAAAAGCUGUCCAAGAUUCGGGAAUUAAAUUGGAAGAAGCCACACAAUAUAAACCUGCUAGACCUUGGGAUCAAUAUCGACAAGAAAAACCAUGGGAAGUCACAGAAUAAAUUGAAUAGUUUAAUAAAUAAUAGUUUUAAGUUGAUUUUGUGUUAUUUAUACCAC